ACCAAUGGUCCAAUUUUAUUGUUCUAGUCGCAAAAAGACAACCGAAAGAAAAAUGGAUGGCGUUUCUUAUCCCAAAGUCUCUCCUUCUCCAGAUUACACCCGACAUGGCAAUGGCAACGCCACUUCACUUUUGGUUUUCUAACUCUUCAAACUCACUUUCCUUAUACCACGCUCAAUCUGAAACAACAUGGAAACUCUCUUUGUAAACCAAACUCUACUGUCUCGUCUCGAUCUUUCCCCAAAACCGAAAGUCCCAUUUUCUGUCACUCCCCAAACCCUCCAGUUCCUUCCUAGGACAACAACUCACGUCAAACCCAACAAAAGUUUUGGUGUCUUUGCUGUCCAAAACCAAGAAAAGAACUUCCAAGAAAGAGGGAACACAGUCCAAGCAAACAUUAGCUAUGAACCGGAUGAAUCCUUUGGUGAAGUCAGCAAAAUCAUCGGCAGCAGAGCUCUCCCAGGUGGGAAAGGCAUGGAAUACUUGAUAGAGUGGAAAGACGGUCAUACCCCUUCAUGGGUUCCACAAGAUUUCAUAGCCAAGGAUGUGGUGGCAGAAUACGAAACCCCAUGGUGGACAGCGGCUAAGAAAGCUGACGAGAAGGCUUUGGCAGAACUUUUAGCAGCUGAGGAAGAUUGGCGUGACGUGGAUGCUGUAGACCCAGAUGGCAGAACUGCCCUUCUCUUUGUAUCAGGCCUUGGCUCGGAGCCAUGUGUUAAGAUCCUUGCUGAAGCUGGAGCUGAUAUUGAUCAUCGUGAUAAUGCCGGUGGGUUAACGGCUCUUCACAUGGCAGCAGGGUAUGUGAAACCUGGUGUAGCUAAAUUGUUGUUGGAUCUCGGUGCGGAUCCUGAAGUGGAAGAUGAUAGGGGUUUGACAUCAUUAGCUUUAGCCAAGGAGAUACUAAAGGUGACCCCCAAAGGGAACCCAAUGCAAUUUGGAAGAAGAUUGGGGCUUGAAAGUGUAAUAAAGAUUUUAGAGGAGUCAAUAUUUGAGUAUGCGGAGGUGCAGGAGAUAUUGGAGAAAAGGGGGAAAGGUGAAAACUUGGAGUAUUUGGUAAAAUGGAGAGAUGGUAGUGAUAAUGAGUGGGUUAAAGCAAGGUUUGUAGCUGAGGAUUUGGUGAGGGACUUUGAGGCAGGGUUAGAGUAUGCUGUGGCUGAAGGGGUUUUUGGGAAAAGAAUGGGGGACAAUGGCAAGAAUGAGUAUCUUGUGAAAUGGACGGAUAUAGAGGAGGCAACUUGGGAGCCUGAGGAGAAUGUUGAUCCUGAUUUGAUAAAGGAGUUUGAAGCAGGACAGAUUGAGGGGAAUGGGGCUGUCAAGAACCAACCAAGUUUGGAUGCCUCGGGACAAAUUGAUGGAAAUGGUGCUGUGAAGAACCAAUCAAGUGUAGAUGGUUCAUGAAUCUCAUCCUAUACAAUUUUCAUGUUGUAAUCUUCUUUUCUUAAUGAGGAUUGUUUUGAUUGAAAAUGGGAUUAUAAUUGUAGAGUUGUUCAAAUCUGUGGUCCUAAUUAUCACAUACUCGAGAUUGGAAGGAGAAUUAAUAUAGCUAGGUUGUUUUUGAUUCUCAUCCUUAAAUGCAUGUCUAAACUCCUGAAAAGUCUUAAC